AACCACCAGCCUCAAGACAUCAAAAAAUGGCCCGCAACAACCUCCGUUACGGCCUUAACAAGGGCCACCCCACGACCCCCAUCCCCAAGACGGUCCGCCCCAGCCAGCGCAAGGGGAUUCAGUCUGCACGCACCAAGUUCGUGCGCUCUAUCGUCCGGGAGGUUGUCGGAUUCUCGCCAUACGAGCGUCGGGUUAUGGAGUUGCUGAGGAACUCCAAGGACAAGAAGGCGCGUAAGCUCACGAAGAAGCGUCUCGGUACUCUCCUGCGCUCAAAGCGCAAGCUGGAGGAGCUCGGCAACAUCAUCCAAGAGAGCAGGAGGGCGCACUGAGGUGGUGCUAGGUGGAGCAUCGUGAUUGCCCCUACCACCUUAGGUGCUAUGAGGCAGAUUGGGCUGGUCGAUUUUUCAUGACGCUAUGCAUUCGUUGUCGUUCUAAGUGUAUGCUAUACAUAUCAAUGCUGGAACCCCAUGCCCAUCUCCGA